CUCAGUCGUCAUCGUCGACCAUCGUCGACUCUAGGCACCGGCCCUAGAAAUCCAUAUCGGAGUGUGAGACCGCGCGCGAACGCAGCACUCUUUGUUAAAAUUGGUACAAAUUAUAUUUUGCACUGGUGCUUUACAAAAGAUACAUUACAAAAGAACGUGGAUGAUACACUCAGAUAGAUCUUCUCGAAUCCGAGAUAUCUCAGUGAGAAGACGAACGCUCUACGAGGGUUCGACGAGGGUGAUCGGUCAUGGCCUUGUUCCCUACGAACGGCACAAAGCCGCUGGUCGGCGGCAAUUAUGUGUUGAAUGUUUUGAACUACAUUAAUGAACUAAACGAGUCGCUCAGCGCCGAGCAGCUCAAGUGUAUCGAACGUGAAUAUCAGGAACGCGAAAACCAGAAGCAGGAACAGCAAGAAUGUGAAGUAAGCUGGGACACCAUACUAUGCUGGCCCCGAACGGUUUCCGGCACCUUGGCUACUAUCCCCUGCUUCGACGAGCUCAACGGAAUACCUUACGACAACACUCGUGAGUACGCGCUUUAUUUACAAU